AUUUCAGCAAGAUAUUUCAAAUGCAAUGUUAGGCAGUGCAAGUAAAAAUUCGAACAAUAUAUACUAUGUAUCGUGCGAACAACUUGGAUUACCAAUUUAUCAUAGUGUCAUGUUCAUUGAAAGCUACGAUUCCCCUGGAAAAACUUAUUCCAAUUUCGAUCAUUACCACUCAUCGGGCCGGCAUACUAUCAUUUUGAGUAGUAGCAGUACUUCCAAGCAAAUUUCACUGAAAAACCUUUUCAAAAACCUGUGGUCCUCAAACAUAACAAAUGUCAUUGUUCUAUCAAAUAUAGACGAUAAUGGAAGUAUCGAAAUUUAUACUUAUUUUCCUUUUCAUGAGGAAAAUUGUGGUCAAAUAGAAUCCACCAUUUUAACGAAAUUUAAUCUCGAUAAUCCUCCCGACAAAAAUAUCGUUUUAUUUCCAAAUCGAUGGACAAAUUUUCACAAUUGUUCCGUAAAAAUUGGAACGUUUGACGUUAAGCCUUACAUAAUCGAAGAACCUGAAAAUAUCAAAACCAAAUUUAGUGGCAUAGAAGCUGGAUUAGUUCAAAUUGUAUCGCAGAAAUUAAACUUCAACAUCGUGUACCAAUCUCCAACUAAUAAUGUUCAAUGGGGAUUUAUCCGUCAAGAGAACAGCACUGGCCUUAUGAAAAUGAUUCAAACGAAAGAGGUAGAUCUCGGGGUGGCAUGCAUCGCCUUGUCACCCCCUCGUAGUCAGUACCUUCAAUCAGGAGUGCCUCAUUAUAUUUCCAAAAUACUGUUCGCCAUUCCUGACGGUCGUUUGUAUACGCCACUGGAGAAGAUUGUCCGACCGUUGGAAGCAGACACGUGGUUCGCGCUGGGAUUUAGUCUGAUUUCGUUCAUAUUUUCAACAAUACUUAUCCAUCGAAGCUCUCAACACCAUUUAAAGAUGAAACCUGUACCAAUCAUCAACAUUCUGAACAUGUUGUUUGGUGGCUCCAAUCCCAAUCCACCUCGCCAAAAUUAUGCAAGAAUACUACUGUUUUGGUGGGUUUAUUUUUCUUUCCUAAUUCGAACGAUUUAUCAAGGACUGUUGUUUAAAUAUCUCCAACAUGACCAAAGAUGGCCCAGAUUAGAAACCAUUUCGGAUGCUGAAAAAGAAGGUCUUACAUUUUAUAUGGUAGACGUUGCGGAAAGAUACUUUACUCACAGUCCGGAAGUGCUCAAAAGAACAUCAUUUCUACCACAUGAAACCGACAAUGUGAUCCUUGCAUUGGAGCAGAUGGCACAGCAUGAAAUUAAAGGAGUUGUUCUUGUAACAUUAAAUCACAUUGCUUACCACAACAAACUUAAUUCAAAAUUAGGAAUUAUCUACGCUAUGAUCGAUCCAGUUGCCACUUACUCUGUCGCGGUUCACUAUCCAAAAAAUUCGCCGUUAGUGGAUAUUUUUGAUAGAAUAUUCCUUCAGCUGCGAGCUACUGGAAUUGUAAACUAUUGGGCCAAUAAGUAUGGAGAUUACGCAUUUUUGGCCAUGAAAUUGGACAACCCAGCUGAACCAACACCGCUGGGAAAUAACCAUCUCGCAGGAUUAUACAUAAUAUUCUCGAUUUCUAUGUUUAUCGCUACAGUGGUGUUUAUUGGUGAAAUUCUGUCUGCACAAUUGAGGGAAUUGUUUUAUAAAAAAAAUGUUUGUUAAGAUAGAAUAAGAUUAUAUUAUAAAUAGAAUAACAUACUUAAAAAUCAAUCAAAAUUUAAAAAAUAGAAAAGAACUCCUAGUGUUUCCUCAUUUGAUUCGCAUGACAAUGGCAAAGUUGUAAAAAAAAAAACAAAAAUACAUAAA